AGCGGAAGGGGCAGCAAAGGCCAAGGGACCCGGCUGUGCGGGUAGCAGCAGGACCCUCUAGGCGUGACGAGCCAGCGAGGGAAAAGGGAGGGGGGAAGGAGCGGAGAGCAGCUGCGAGGGGUAUUCUCACACGGCAGAGAGAUAAAAUAGAAAACCUCAGUAUUUAAAAAUCAAUACUUUCUUCUGUAUCUGUUCUUCCCUUCAAAUGAUGGCGCCUGCCUGUGAAAACCGAGGACCAGAACCAGCAGAACGCGAUCAGAAGUUUCGUUGUGAGGAAAGCGUGGGAUGCCGAGAGCUCUCCGGGUCGCUCAGUCUAUUUAGAUCUGCUGUUGCUGCCCCAGCCGCCCGGCAGCUGUCGGGGAUCCGGAUUCCUUCCCGAAACGUCAGCUGCCUUCCCCUGAGUAACUGCCCAAGAAACUGCACGCAUAGUUUCGGAGGAAUUUGAAAGGCCUAAACCUGACUAUCUUCUCUUUUAUAAAUGACACACGAACUAUCCAUGAAGAGGAAAAUACACCCAGGUGAUCCUUUAGACAUCACCCAAGGCAAACAGAACACUAGUUGUGAUAACUUUGUCAUGCUUGGUUGGCUUAGUUGUCCAACUCAAUUCUUCAGGAUUUUUUAUUUGUCACUCUCACUUUGUGCUGUCAGUAAACAUAAACCUUCUGAGGUUUUGAAAAAAUCAUAAGUUUGGGUAGAAAUGUGCAGUUAAAAUGCUGCUAGUUUUAAAGCUUAUUACUUCUCAUCAGACUAAGCUAAUUUUACUAUGUAUUAUUUUUAAAGCAGCUUUUAGAAAAUGGACCUUUAAAUUCACUGCAUUUAAUGCCUUUCCUUGCUAGCUCAGCAUCUCGUUUAACUUUUAUUUUGUUAUGCUGUUCUGCUGUUGUUUUUUUUUUUUCCCUACAUCUAGAUAAUUGCUCAUGUUUGGGGCUUUACAGUGUCUUUUGUCUUAUUCUGCAAGUCUCACAUCUUGCUUUUUACCCUAUUUUCAGAGGAACUUCCCUUCCCUUCCCUUCCCUUCCCUUCCCUUCCCUUCCCUUCCCUUCCCUUCCCUUCCCUUGUUUUUCUUUAAAAAAAUAUUUAUUUAGGUCUCUGUGCUUAUUUUUAGACAGUAUUCUGUGCUGCAGAGUGACGUGGAAAUGCAGAAUAUGAUUUUGUUUUAUCCACUUAGAGCUUAUUUCUGUUAAAAGUAACAAGCAGGAAAAAAAACUGCCUUCAGUAUGUUUUCUCUGGCCUUUAUAAAAAGGCCUUUGCUUCUGUCUGGGGUGAACCAGAUGCACUCGUACAGGUACAGCAGUAAGUCUGGAACAACUUGGUUGUAUUGAGCAAGUAUAGUGACCUUGCAGUUAAUAGUGAAAGCUCAUAGGAUCUCUGGGCUAGGACCUUGCACCAAUCUGAGUGGUCUGUGGGAGUGAGCAGUAUCACAGUGCUUCAGCUUCUCUUGGGUUCCAUUUAUUGACAUUCUCACAUUUUGAUUUACUUGGGUUGUGCAAUUAAGGAGAUGAAAAUGAAUUGGUAAAACUGAGAAAGUGGGGAGAUAUGACUGUAAAUGUUUUGGAGGCUCUUCUUCUUUUAUGACCUUUUAAAAUAUUUCAGUUAGAAAAAACAUCCGUUCUUUUUUUUCUGCAGUUAGCUUGCAGUCCUGCUGUAGUUUUUCAUGACUUUUUACUACCUUAAUUACCUCUUUGCCUGUGUCACUUUAUCAAGAUCCAAAAAUAGUUACUAAGAUAAAGGGCAAAAAAUAGUCAGGAAGAAGUCCUGAAUAACAAACACAAACUGGUUUUUGGAGAAAAGUUAAAAAAUAACACUAGAAUGUAUUCACAGGAAGUUCAGGGUUCUUAAACUUUUUUUCACUUGUUUCUGGUUCUUCUGGUUGAACUCAGUACAGUGCAUCUAAGAUUUUAGAAGAAGGUGACUUAAAAUUCCUAGGUUAGGAGGCAUGCAGAGGUGCCUAGCAAAAAUAGGGAAUGAAGCUGAUUUUAUGCUUGUAUCAAAUUUAAAGUCUGUGGAAAAAUCUAAGAUGGGCAUUGAAAAUGGCUUUCUAUUUAAAAUUAUCUCUGGUUUUAAAUUGACUGUAAUCUUUGUUAGACACUAACUUUCUUGGUAAUAUGUACAUCAAUUUGAAAUAUGUGAGGAAAAUAUAUGUUUAAAAAUCUAUAAUAUUUUCAGUUUAUCCAAAUGGCUGGGUCAGGUAGUGGAAGAGGACAUGCUUCAUUUGCCUUCAACAUAGAGGUUGUUGGCUUUGGUAAAGGUGCAGCUCUACCUGAUGUCAUCUGUAAGCCUCCACCACCAUUUCCAAGUACAGACAAUAAGCCAGUGCCUCUGAAAAGAAGAGAAGAUAAGGAUUACAUGUUUGCCUUAAAACAAGAUCUUAGAGAAACUACGAAAAAAAUGCUAUACUUAUUGACAGUAGGAGAUCAAUAUCAAAGGUUUGUUUAUAUGCUUUUUAUUUUUAUUUAUAUAUUUAUUUAUUAUUCUGUGAAAGCUGAGGAAAAUGACUACAUUUCUUCCUAUUUUGAAGAUGGAGAUGGCUUUGGUGUUGUCAGUGAUGACAACAGGGCUGAUGCAACAUAG